AUGGACAUAAAGCAGCGUUUUCCCUUCCUGGCUCGCGAUGUGAAGGAAGCGAUGAGGUCUGGGCGCUCAAUUACUGACAUUGUGCAGCUUUUACAGCAUACACGCCAGGAAUACUUCAACAUCCCCAGGCCCCUCUUUUUGCGUUAUGUCCACGCAGAAUAUAUAGAAUUGGCUCUGGAAUCAUCUACGCAGCUAAACGAAGCGCGGCGGACGGAAUCUAGUUACAGAAUGCCUCCAAGACCGCGAGCCUCUCAGAGAUCAAAUGCCCAUUUGAACACCUUGUUGACUCGAUUUGUGCGAGAGCGCGUUGCCAGUGCGCGUGAAAGGCCAUCGGCCUCCUUCGUUACCCCAGAGCGUGUCAUUUUAGACAGGGUUACUAUAGAUGAGCCGGAGACAAUUACCAUGUAUGCGGACUCACGAGUUAUGGACGCACCCCUCUCACUUAUACGCAUAUAUUCUUCGUGUCAUUCGUUACAGGUUUCUUCCAGGCCGGAGGGACCACUCUUACGCAUCUCCGUCCGGUUUCUUCCCAGCGUAGAAGGUUUAUUCAAAGGAUCUGUUGUUCUCCUGGUAGGAUCCAGGCGAACCGUUGUUCCCAUCGAGGCGUAUGUAACAUCAAAGCUGACUGAAACACGCGUCAGUCCGUCUCCUCUCCUUCAGCCCAUACGUGUCCCAGGCCUGCCAAUGGACAGUAACAAGUUGCCUAGGAAGACCACUAUGAGCAAGGCAAGCAAGAGUAUCACAGCAAUAGACAAUCAUUCUAUAUAUCCAACACUUUCACGGUUUUCCCCAGACAUUUAUGACAGGCAACUGGCUUCGGCUGCUAUUCCCUAUCAGUCGCCUACAGAGACGCAGAUGCUUGACACAGCUGUGCAGAGGCCGCUGUCUAACGGAUGUUCACUUUCGGUCGGCGCCAUCGUUGUAAGUGACAGCGAGUGCGAGCCAGCUGUUUCCUAUCAGACACACAGAGAGCCAUCAAAGCCGCGGAUUUCUCCCACAAACAUUAUCAUGGUGAGAAAGCGCUCAAGUCUAUCACAGAGGGCGCCUACACGUUCCUCUGUUGAAGAAGAAUAUCUGAAUGAUUCAGCUAAUUUCCGAAGUCUCUCUCUACUAGAUAAACCAUCACCACCUAAGCAGCGCAUUGUGGCACAGUCGCGUGACUCUACUAGUCCUAUGUUUAGUGCGCCAAGCUCUUGUCUCAAUUCGCCACACGAUUCAGAGAGCGAAGAAUUCAUUUGUGCUCCAGUAUCAAAAGAUAUUCCACAGCUUAUAGAGAGCAUUGUUGACCUUAACGAGAACGCUAUUUCCACGCAAGACCCAACAACACUUAAUAUCACGCCUUCACCCCAGCAUGACUCUGUCGCUAAGACUGAUGUGGUCAAUCUGUUGCCCUUACAUCUGUUUCAGGCAGUACCUAAGCAUGUGUCAGAGCACACAGACUGUGACCCCAGUACCACUUGGGGUAGUCUCACAGAUGGAGACAGUAGCUGUGAAGAUGCAAUGUUAUCAACCACACAAGCAUCAGACUACGCCUUCACAGCAGAUGAGCUAGAGCAAAUUAGUAGGGCCGUGGCAGACUGGAACGCAUUUUCGCAAUUUGACGCCGACGAGCAGGUAGACAUCACAGACGGAGGUGCUGUGAUUACGGUAACAGACGUAUCCGGGUGGCAUACAGCUCGUCUCAAUCUACUAACAGACAUAACUUAUAACCUAGUAUAG